AUGCUCGAACAGCAGCAGGCCUGGCUCGUCUACGGCCUGCAGGAACUGUACCGCCGCACCAGCGACGGCGAAGGCUGGCCCGGCGAGCCGCUCAAGUGCGAGGCCAACGGCCACCCGCUCACGCACGACCUGCUCACCCGCCUCGGCGCCCUCGACCAGGCCAAGGGCGAGCGCUUCGAGGAAAACCCCGACGCCAUGCAGCAGGAGCUCUGGCGCCAGAACGCCGGCCACAUGCAGCGCCAGGACUCGUUCGACGCCAGCUUCGACAGCGCCCACUCGCCCGUCGUCCCCUCCGUCGCCGCCGCGGCCGCCGCCCGCUUCGCCGACCCCUUCGCCCAGCCCCAGCUGCCCCCCACCCCGCCGAAUAUCAGCCCCAGCGCCCGCCCUGUCAAGUCCGAGUCGUCGCAGAUGCCACCGGCCUUUGCGCUCGCGCCGCUGGGAUCUGCUGUCGUCGCCGAUGUUCAAUUCGGGCUCGUGCCGAUCCACUGCAUGUCGUAUAUGGACUUGAAGGGCGACUACGACGAUCUGAACCAGUUUGUCAAUGCGAAUGCGCCGGAGAUUGCGUCGACGUGA